AUGCUCUGUUCAAUUGCCGUGACAACAAAUUGUGUCUCGGAAUUUUGUAAGCCGAAUAAAAGGCGAGGAUUUUUAGUUUUUUCCUAUUCUAACAUGUGAUGCUGAGAUAAUACACUCCUUUUUAUCACCAAUGGACUAGGCGUUUUGAAUUCAAUAUGGCAUCCAGUGUAUCAUCUGAUAAUGAUGAUGAUUAUGAUUCUGAUGUUACAUGUGGGAGCAGUGACACAGAUGAUAAAGAUUCAUAUGACAGUGGUAACUCCUCAAACGAUGCCGACACAGGCAAUGAUGAGAGUGAGGAGGAGAGCGAGGACGAUGAUGACGAUGAUGACAGGGGAUCAGGAGAAAAAUUGGAGAAUGUAAUGUGGUGUGGGCCUAAGAAGAAUCUUCCUGUGUUGGUGUUCAGACCUGAGUGUAAUUUCACCAAAGUCAAGCGACUAUAUGCAACAGGAGAAAAGCACCAUCUUGCCUAUAAAAUAGUUCGUACAGACUGCAGAGUGAUCAGACAGCUUCUACACAAACAUGGGUUUCAUGAGGUUCAUCCGAACAGCUCUGAUUUCAACUUGAUGUGGAUUGGUUCUCAUGUUAAACCAUACACGUUGAGAAGCUUUACUGACUUUCAGAAAAUCAACCAUUUUCCAAGGUCCUAUGAAAUUACUAGAAAAGACAGACUGUACAAAAACUUUCAACGUAUGCAACAUGCCAAGGGUGCCCGCCAUUUUGAUUUCUUGCCGCAAACCUUCUGCACUCCUUCAGAGUUUGAUGACUUAGUGGCUGCACAUAACAAAGAAAGAGGAACAUGGAUUGUUAAACCAGUAGCAUCAUCCAGAGGAAGGGGAAUCUUCCUUGUCAACAGUCCUCAGAAUGUACCACUAGAUGCAGCUUAUGUUGUGUGUCGAUACCUCAACAAUCCUCUCCUCAUUGAUGGUUUCAAGUUUGACCUGAGGCUGUAUGUAGCAGUGACUUCAUAUGAUCCUCUUCGUAUAUACCUCUAUGAAGAAGGCUUAACCAGGUUCGCUACUGUGCAAUACCAACAGAACAAUAAGACAAUAAAGAACACGUGCAUGCAUUUGACCAACUACAGUUUGAACAAGAAGAGUCGUGACUACGUCAAGUGUGAUGAUGGAGACAUUGAAGACUAUGGGAACAAGUGGAGUUUAGGAGCAAUGCUUAGGUACCUCAAGAAACAAGGCAAAGAUGCUAAACUUCUACUUUCGAGAAUAGAGGAUGCAGUGAACAAAACAAUCAUCUGUGCAGAGCUUCCUGUGGCCAACGCCUGUAAGAUGUUCCAACCAUACAGGGGAAAUUGCUUUGAGCUGUAUGGUUUUGAUAUCUUAGUAGAUGCCAAUCUCAAACCCUGGGUAUUAGAAGUCAAUCUCUCUCCAUCAUUAGCUACUGAAGCACCAAUCGACAUGAAGAUCAAGUCUAACGUGUGUGGUGAUCUCUUUAGUUUAACCGGUUUUGUUGUACAAGAUCCUGUGAUGAGACGUAUGCAGCAGAGUAGAAGAAAUCAGGAUCUAGCUGCUUCUAGUACACUAAGACAACAGAAGGAGCGCAUUGGCUCUGCCUUCUCGCGACAAAGACCCAACUCUGCUGGGGUGGUGGGUAAUAAGCUUGUCAGACCAAACUCUGGUAGAAAGUCUGCAGCAGCAGCAUCGUCGGGUCCCAAAGAUGGUUCCGGACUGACUCUAGAAGAACGUAAGAUAAUCCUAGAAAGCAGGGAGGAAUACGCUAGGAGAGGGGGAUGGAUGAGAACAUUUCCCUCACCAAACUCAAUGGAGAAAUAUGGUUCCUUAAUGGAAAGUAGGAAUUCCAUGAACCAUUUACUACAUUCAAGACUCUUCUCUGACAAUGUGGAUACUAGUAGUUCAUCUCCCAGAUCUAAAUCGGCUCAUUCAACUUUGGCUUCAUCCAGAGCCAGACAGUGCACGAAGAUGUCUCACGGGAUGAUGCAUGAACUCCAGGAGAGGGAAUUUGAAGAGCAUUUAGGCCAGUUGCUCCGGAAGCUCAGUACCAAAGACAACUCUGUAGAAAGGCGCAACCUACGCAACAGGGUCCGCAACAAGUUUCCCGCCACAAAGAGGCUAGCACCAAACCCCAGGACUGCAGUUCCGAGCAAAACUGAGGUGAAGUCAGAACCUUUACCGUCUAGGACACCUCUUGCCCAGGGCAAACUGGACCCACGGCCCCAAACAGGACAGAACAAAAACCCUGUGAAGCAAACUGAACCCGCUGGCCAACAAACUCAUACCACAAACACUGCAGUAGCUUCACAUCAACAACCACCGUCAUCAAAACAAACCUCUGGUACAUCACAGGUUAAUAUAAACAAUACCAAGGGUGUAGAUAAAGGAGGAGGUAGUGGUGGUGAAGGGACAAGUAUAACUGGAUCAUCUGCUAACGGGGUGCAAGGUAAACCCCCUGUUGGACCCAGUCAGGGAUCAGGAGGGGUGAAAACAGAGAACAAUGUUGGAGCCAGGAUGGUUCUGGAGGUACAGAAACCAAAAGGUCCUACUAAAGAAGAGAUCCGAGAGAUGGUGAAUGUCCCUGAUAUCUUGGACAGGGGCGGUGAUCUAAGCAAGCUGCAAGCCAGGAAUGCCUUUGCUACCUACCUUCUGAGAGUUCAACAGAGAUUACUAGCCGAAACAAGCAAACCACCAGAGAAGCUAGAUGAGACAGACCUACAUGACGAACAAAUGGACCUUGUGUUGCGGUUCCUAAAGCGGGCAGCAAGCAAUCUUCAACAGCAAUUCAAAGUGAUAGUGCCUAGUAGGAAGCUUCCCAUUCACGACAGGAGAAGAAUCCUUGCAAAGCAACUAGUGGAUUUUGUCCAGUUAUAUAGCAAGGAAACAGAUGAGAUGGAGAAUAAGAAACCCAAGAAGAUAGUUAAACCUCACAAUCAUCAUCAGUUUGAAGAGGAAGACGAGAGCAUCGAUGACAAUAGGUUCUCUCAUUUUGUUGGAGUGGCCAACGAGAAUGAGUUGGAGGAACUACUUACUACGUACACCAAACAGAACAAAUCAGCCAGCAUCUUCCUCGGGACCAGUACCAACAAUCCUAAAUCGAUAUCAGAGAUGAUGUCACAACCUACCUCGGUCAACAAUACCAACCAUCCUCACCACAACAGCCAUCAACAUCACCAGCAGCAGGUACAGCAGCAUCAUCAUAAGCAUAGUAGCAAUGCAGGACCGGCACUGUUGCAUCGACGGUCAAGUUCUACAGAGAAUUUACAUACCGGUCAUAAGGGUGGUGGAGCUGCAGGGGAUACAGCCAAAGAUAUAAAUUUCAGCUCAAUCCCAGCUAAGCAUGGUAUCCACUCAGCUAAAGCUCUUCAACACUACUAUGCCGCAGCAGGUGCCAGCAAUACUGCUACCGCCGGCGAUGGAUACCACCACCACCUCCACCAGCAGCAGCAUCCCAUGACGUCAUCACAACCAUCUCCAUCACUCCCCAAACGCCCCCACUCAUCCACGCCCAAUACCGCUGAGGCUCGAUACGCAUCGUCAGCAGACGGUGCCGUACAGGUCUACAGCUCGAGGUAUAAUCGCCAACGACCGUACUCUGCCAAAGCUGGAUUCGAUUCAGGGGAUGGUAGAUCUUCACUGGGGAGACCUAACUCUGCUGUUGUCUACAGAGACUCUUCAGGAGGACAAAUAGGUAUUGCAUUUUGCUUUCUCAUUUCUGUCAAGUUUUACCUGAGAUUGGUGUUCUAUGGUCAGUUUUGGUCACCUUGUCCUGCAUUCAUCUUUAAUGUCUCUUUUCUCUGGCCUGUAUUCUGAAGUCAGGUUUAACUUAGACCGUGGUCCAACUCUGCUCAAAUUAUAGGUAGCCAAAAAUUCAAAAAAUCUGUUGUAUAUUUCUCAUGUUUACUAUUUUGUUUCCUUUUGCUUUCAUAAUAAAGAAAAAUGCUUCAGUUAUCAUUUCCAAACAAUUAUGAACAAUUUGAUGUGUACUGUUAGGGAUUUGUGCCCCAAUUGGCUCUCCAUAUUUAAACCACUACUAAAAACCAGGGUUUAAAGGUCAAGUCCACCCCAGAAAAUUAUUGAUUUGAAUCGAAAGAGAAAAAUCAAACAAACUUAACGCUGCAAAUUUCAUCAAAAUCGGAUGUAAAAUAAGAAAGUUUUGACAUUUUAAAGUUUCGCUUAUUUUUCACAAAAUAGUUAAAUGCACAACUCAGUGAUAUGCAAAUGAGAGAGUCGAUGAUGUCCAUCACUCACUAAAUUUUUGUUUUUUAUUGUUUGAAUAAUCCAAUAUUUCAAUUUUUACAGAUUUGACAAUAAGGACCGACUUAAAUUAACCAUAAACUGUUAAAAUAAUGGUAAUUCCAUAUGUUUAGGGAGAAAUAAAACUUUGUUUCACUUGACAAGGAGGAGAAAAUUAGAAAAUUUCAUUUAAUAAAAUACAAAAGAAAUAGUGAGUGGGUGACGUCAUCAGUCUGCCAAUUUGCAUACCGAUCAGGAUGUGCAUAUAACUGUUUUUGUGAAAUUAAGUGAAACUUUAAAACGUCAUAACUUUCUUAUUUUACAUCCGAUUUUGAUGAAAUUUUCAGUGUUUUGCUUGUUGGAUUUUUCUCCUUUUUUUCAAACCAACUUUUUGUUGGGGUGGACUUGUCCUUUAAUUUAAACCCAAGUUCAGAAUACGGGCCUCUGUGUUAAGUUUUCGUCUUCUUUCUUUUGUCAGUUAUACUCACUUUCUCUGUGAUUCUAUCUAUUUGCUCCUAAUCUCUCUUUUUCUUUCUCUAUCACACACCCAUGUACACCACCUCCUCUUGCCUUUAGUCUACUAAAAUUGGGUGAUAGUUUUAUAUUGAAUGCACUUUUCUGUAUUAUGUAAUAAUUUCUUUUAUGUUGAUGCUUUAAGGUAAUAUUUUAUGAAUCAAAGAGAAAAAAAAAUGCUUUAAAUAAUUUUGUUGGGGCGUCAUGGUCUAGAGGUCAUGACUCUCAUCUUUCAAUCUGUGGGACGUGGAUUCAAUUCCCAGCCAUGGCGCAUUUCUCAGCAAGAAAUUUACCAAAAGAGCGCUUUAAAAAUCCAGCUGUUGUUAUUAUUCUUAUUAUAAAUAUCAAGUAAUUUCUGAGUGUGUGAUUUGUCAUAUGAUAUACACAAAAUUAGCAUAAGAGUCGGUAUUCUUUGAACUAUUCUCAUUUUUGUUGUCGGUCAAACUAUGACUGAACACAUGUAAGUCAUCUCUAGGAAUCAUUUUUGGCAAUUCCUAUUUCAAAUAUUGGGUGCUGGCGCCGCACAGUGGCUGUCGAGCCCCACGAUCAAUUGGGCAUAAAGAAUUUUCAAAGUAUUUUCAUUUCAGACCAGAAAAUGUGGAUUUUUUUUCAUACUCUCCCAUUCUUACCUUCAAAUGCAGAUAUUGACCAUAGACGUAUGUAUAAAAGUAUGCUCUUUUGCAAAUUCACAAAUGCUUGUUUGUCAUGUGUGCAUGCUGCAAAUGAUUGAAAAACAACUCUUUUAUUUUUUUAUUUCACAAAAAAAUUAUAGAAUAGUGUAUAAGUUUGCACAAUGUGAUAUUAGGCUUUUUAACUAGGUUUAUAAUGAUAAUUGAUGUACAGUAGUUAUUGAUUAUUUUCAUUACUAAAAGUUGAAAUUAUCCAAAACAUGUUUUUUUUUAUUUAUAUGUUUUAUUGGGUCAACACAGACCACGUAUAAACAAAAAUAACAAACCAAACAUAAUGAAACUAUUUACAAGUAAUCAUAACAUCAUUAG